CCCGCGCCACCACCACCAUGGCAAGGAACCACCAGGUGCAGAAGGCCAAGCUGGCCGAGCAGGCCGAGCGCUACGAGGACAUGGCGGACUUCAUGAAGGCCGUGGUGGAGCACGGUGACGAGCUGUCCAAUGAGGAACGCAACUUGCUCUCAGUAGCCUACAAGAACGUGGUGGGCUGCCAGCGCUCUGCCUGGAGGGUCAUCUCCAGCAUCGAGCACAAGACGGAGGAGGGCGACGACAAAGCACAGCUGGUCAACGAGUACCGGGAGAAGGUAGAAGGGGAGCUCAAGAGUGUCUGCAACGUGGUGCUGGGCCUGCUCGACAAGUUCCUCAUCAAGAAGGCUGGCGAGGCUGAGAGCAAGGUCUUCUACCUGAAGAUGAAGGGCGACUACUUUCGCUACCUGGCUGAGGUGGCCACUGGCGAUGACCGCAAGGAGACCAUUGACAGUGCCCAGAAAGCCUACCAAGAGGCCAUGGACAUCAGUAAGAAGGAGAUGCAGCCCACAAACCCCAUCCGCCUGGGGCUGGCCCUCAACUUUUCUGUCUUCCACUAUGAGAUUGCCAACGCGCCUGAGCAGGCCAUUGCGCUGGCCAAGACCACCUUCGACGAGGCCAUGGGGGACCUGCACACGCUCAGCGAAGACUCCUACAAGGACAGCACCCUCAUCAUGCAGCUGCUCAGGGACAACCUCACGCUAUGGACAGCCGAGUGCUCGGGUGAAGACGGUGGUGAGCCUGGUGAAGAGCCCAAGAACUGA